AUGAGAGCAAGAAAGCCACUCCUCAGCACGGAACCAAUCAAGCUGGAUUGCUCACCGCAACCCAGCCACAUGGCCCCAGUCCAUCUUGGGGACACCCUCGGACCCGGGCUGCUCGACUUGUUUUCCCUCGUUAGAAAGCAUCGCACAUCAGAUUUCACAUCAAGACGUCUGCACCUCCUCGACAUUAUCAAUAGAGCAGAUUACCCAGAUGACUCCAUCAUCCUCUCAGUUACCUUGUGCCUGGUUUCCUCGGUCCCAAGUAUAGACGGGUAUUAUGUAUGA